GGCAGAUUGAAUUACAGAUGAGAAUGAGAGGCCUACUCGUGACUGUCGUCGAAGUUGUUCUCAGCGGCGAUGACGUAAUGGCGUAGGAGUGAUCUCUUUGUCAUGGCGAUAGCUUGUAGUCUACGUGGACGACUAUUUGUAAUGGCUUUGAGCUUCCAGCUGAAGAUAGUACUGUCAGCGUCGUCAGAUGACAUAGAGAAUCACCUUGAAAUGGGAAAGAAACUUUUAGCUCAAGGACAAUAUCAGGACGCGUUGUCUCACUACCACGCUGCAGUAGAGGCAGACCCAACAAAUUAUUUGACACACUUCAAAAGGGCCACUGUUUAUUUGGCGAUAGGAAAGUCGAAAUCUGCUCUUCCUGAUUUGGAAAGAGUUAUUGAGUUGAAACCAGACUUUCUGCAAGCGAGAAUACAUCGUGGAAAUGUGCUGCUCAAACAGGGCAAACGAGCAGCUGCUUUGCAAGAGUUUGAACAACUUUUGAAACUUGAUCCUUCAAAUGCAGAAGCAAUGAGAAAGGUGGAUGAAAUUCGACCAACAGAGGAUGAUCUUGUUGCUGCAAAGCAACUGAAAGAGAGUGAAGACUGUGAAGGAGCAAUAGUGCUUUUAGGAAAACUUGCUGAGAUGAGUCCAUGGGAUCCAGAGCUUCGUUCUCUUCGUGCUGACUGCUACAUGAGAGUGGGCAAAUACAUGGAAGCUACUGGAGACUUAAGGUCUUUAACGAAGCUAACAACUGAUCCUACGGGAUACUACUUUCAACUUAGUGAUAUACAGUAUCAACUUGGCUAUCUAGAGGAUGCUCUUCGAGAAGUAAGGGAAUGUCUCAAGUUGGAGCCUGAUCAUAAGACCUGCUUUCCUCACUACAAGAAACUGAAGAAACUCAGCAAACUGCUACUUGGGGCAGAUGAUGCUAUGGCAGAAGGCAGGUUUCAAGAUGCAAUCACAAAGUUGGAAGCAGCUCUCACCACUGAGCCAACAGUGUACUCAUAUGUCCAUCGAGCCAAAACAAAAAUAUGCCAUUGCUAUGCUGAGAUGAAAGACAUUGACACAGCUAUGAAAACAUGUGAUGAAGCACUAGAACUGGAUGACAAUAACGUGGAUGCAAUGUGCGAUCGAGCCGAAAUGUAUAUACUCAAAGACAUGUUUGAGGAAGCUGUAUCUGAAUUCCAGAAAGCAAAGAAUGUGAAUGGAGAGUCACAAAAGGUUAAUGAUGGGUUAAACAAAGCACAGAAGCUUCUGAAACAGUCACAGAAGAGAGACUACUAUAAGAUACUAGGAAUAAGAAGAACUGCUACAAAGUCUGAAAUCAGCAAAGCGUACAGGAAACUAGCAGUCAAGUGGCAUCCUGACCAAUACAAAGGCGAGGACAAGAAGAAGGCUGAAAAGAAGUUUAUUGAAAUUGCGGCUGCAAAAGAAGUCCUGAGUGACCCUGAAAAACGUGCAAAAUUUGAUGCGGGCGAAGAUCCUCUUGAUCCAGAGGCUCAAGGAGGGGGAGGUGGCGGUUGGCCAUUUCAUCCAGGAGGUGGAUUUGGUGGACAGGGUUUUCAGUUUAAGUUUCAUUUCAACUAGAGCAGCUAAAUGAUAUGUAAAUAAAAUGUUCUAUUAUGUCUGAUCAUGACAAUUUGUACUGUAGUACCAACAGUGAUUUCCUGAUUCAAUGCAGCAGUGGGUUAAAUUCAUUAUACGA